AUGAGAUCGAAUACGGUCAUCUGGCUGAGUGCCAUUUUACAAUGCGUGUCAGCAGAUUGGCAAUACCUAUCCCGCCCAGACCUAUCUCCUCCCAAACUAAACAUCACAGUCCCAGCCUCAUCACGCGUCGAAUCGGGCUACAUAUUCGUGACACCGACUACUGGCUUCAUUGAAGGGAGUGUCGGACCCGAACAGCCUGGAGCAUAUAUCUUCCGUAACGAUGGAGAGCUUGUCUGGUCAGGCCUGGGAUAUGUAGCAGGCUUCGCGGGUGACUUCAGCCCGACUGUGAUUGAUGGAAAGGCUGUGCUGCGCUCUUCUCAAGGACUGCUUGAUUCUUUUCAUGGACGCAUGUAUGGUGAUCAUGUUGUUCUUAAUGAUCGUUACCAGACUGUUAGUAUUGUUCGGGCGGCGUCGCACCGGCUGGUGUCGGUUCACGAGUUCAAUGUUGUGGAUGGGAAGACGGUUUUGGUUGAGGCUCCGGUGCCGAUCCCUGCGGACUUGAGUAUCUACGGAGGGGACGAGGGACAGGAGUGGAUUUUGAAUCAUGGUUUCCAAGACAGUUCAGUUCCCCUCGUGAAAGAGGGUCCCUUCUCUGGCCGCAGCUCAUUCGACGCAUAUAACUAUUUCCACCUCAACAGUAUCGACAAAGAUGACGAAGGAAACUAUCUCAUCUCAGCACGCCACUAUUGUGCGAUUUUCAAAAUCAACGGAACCGACGGCGAAAUCAUCUGGCAGCUUGGAGGCACCCGCGGAUCCGAUUUCGAUAUCACGUCCAACGUAGAGUUCGCGUUCCAGCAUGAUGCCCGGUUCCGUUAUCGAUCUCCGGAUGGAUCCAUUGAGAGGAUCUCAUUCUUCGACAAUGCAGCUAUUACUGAACCGAUCGACCCGAUCAAUCCAUUUUCACGAGGUCGAUACGUCGAGCUGAACCACACUGCUGGCACAGCUACAGAGAUUCACACUUAUGACGCUCCAGAUGGGCUCAGUGCGCAUUCGCAAGGAAAUCUCCAGUUCUUACCCGGUGGAAACAAGUUCAUCAAUUGGGGCCAAGCGGGCGCCGUGACGGAGUUUACUGAAGAUGGGACUGUGUUAUUCCAUGCAUACCUCGAUUCGUAUCCGAAUAAGAAUGUUCAAAGUUAUCGAGGGUUUCGAUCAAACUGGACUGCCGGUUCAAACGAAGAACCUGCUGUCUUGGCAUUGAGUGAUGGAGAUGGAAAAAUAGCUGUAUGGGUGUCUUGGAAUGGAGAUACAGAGACCAGGGCCUGGAUCUUCUAUCUUGUUGACAAUACCAGCGAGAAAGUUGUUGUGUCGCUUGGGGAACAAAAACGGACUGGGUUUGAGACUCACUUCGAGAAGAAUGUCGGUGGAACUGCUAAGGCACUUGAGAACUUUUCUAUUGAAGUUGAGGCCUUGGAUGCUCAGGGUCGCGGUCUUGGGAGUAGCAGACCUGUUUGGAUUCAAGAUGAUACACCGUACCGCGCUCAUCUCAAGAAAAUCCAAUCUCAAUCAAGCCGUGAGACUGGCCUUUGGGAACACGAGCUGUGA